AUGUAUGCCCGGCCCCCUUCCUCGGUCACUUCCACCCUCCGCCCGCCCGAGGUCUUCACAGCACCUUCAUCCUCUCACUUGAUCGCCAAGAGAGAAGACCCAGACGCAGAACCUACAGAACCGAUACUGAUCGACAGCCGCAGUCCCUCUCCCGAACCCCGAUCUACCGCCGACUCUCGACAACGUCUCUUCGCCUCCCUCGAACAUGGCGACUAUGUCCUUCACGAUGCCCGGCCCAUUGAGACUGCCGACGAUCUUGAUGAUAUCGAGCUGAAGCGUUGCUUUGAUAUCCUUCAUGCUUGCGGUCUGGCGACUGACGCGUCUACGACUCUUGCUUCAACGAGCGAUACGAUGGAGGAUUUUCUAAAUGCGGUCUUCAAUGGCUGGACGGGGAAUGAUGGCGAGGAGCUUAUCAAGCCAACUAUGGACUUUGUCGUCCGCGAGCACAUUAUUGUCGGUAAUAUCUGCAACCAACCACCCAACCAUCACACCAGCACUUCAUGCAACGACUCCCCUGGCUGUCAAGUCCCUGUCUACGGCAUCGCCACCUACCGAAGCCGACCAGCCCAACUAAGCAUCAGCUUCUCCACCGAGGAGCCGCCCCGAAACUCCAGCCACGCAGCCCAAGACCUGUUUUGUCCCAUGGAGCGCGCCGAUAUUCGCUGGGAGGAGGACGACUGGAUGGCUGAGCUGAGACGAGGUCUGAAGCGGUCAUGCACGAUCCGGGUCCACAGGUACAACAAGCAUCUGGCGAUUUGGUAUGCAAGGGGCUUGAUCCAUGGGUGGGCGAGAGGGAGUAUCUGGAUGGGCAGAGAUAUAGAGGUUCUUGCUUUUGUGGCCAAGGACGCCGUUGAUGCUGCUUUUGCUAUGAUGGGCGAUGCGUGA